UUCUUCGCUCGGUCACAUGCAGGAGUGUUGGACGAGGCCACCAGGAAGUUGAUGAACACUCCCAGGUGCCAACUGGCAGACGAUGUUUCCAUGCAAUCCUUCAAACGCAAGCGAUUCAACGCUCUUUACGGAUGGUCGAAGAACCGAUUGAGAUACAACAUCAACAACCUUCCCACCAACUCAUACAACAUGCAGGAUUCAAGUAAGGUCCAUCAAGCUCUAGCCACUGCAUUUAAAGAUUGGAGUUUUGUAGCAGAUAUUAAAUUUGAGCAAAGCAGUUCUGAUGAUGAGGCGGAUGUGAAUGUAGCUUUCUACAGCAGGGACCACGGAGACGGCAACCCUUUUGAUGGACCAGGAGCUGUACUAGCCCACUCCUUCUACCCUGACGAUGGCAGACUGCAUUUUGACGAUGAUGAAAGCUGGUCGACCAACAAUUAUGGAAUAAAUCUUCGACAAGUGGCCACUCACGAAAUAGGCCACAUAAUUGGGUUGGGUCAUACUCGGGUCAAAGAUGCCGUCAUGUAUCCUUAUUAUCAAUAUUCAGCCGACUUCAAAUUGCAAAGUGAUGACAUCAGAGGA